AUGAAUGCUCAACAAUAUAUAUUAAAAGAAAUUCAUUUACAAUAUUCACAAUUAAAAGAAGUAGCACAAUGUUUAAUGCAUAAUGUGACGUUGGAUUGUACAGAGUUUUCAUUUGUUCGUAUAGACGAUGCACCUACUUUGAAACACGUUGAAGACAAGUCUGAAGAAUUGCUGUCAUCGAUCAUCAAGAGAAAGGCAAAGUCUGCUCAAAUGUCGAUAUCAUUCUUUGAGAAACGACAAAAGACAACAUUCUUUUCGAGCAAUGAAAAUGUGUGUUGGGAGCAAUGGAUCAUAUCAUUUCAAUUGGUACCUUCGAUGGAUACUAAUGUUCUAUUGGAACAACUCACAGAAACACAUUUAAAAAUCAUUUCAAUAGUCAAUCAAGACCGAUCCUAUAUCCCACCGAUUUCAUCAACUGUCAACCCAUUCCCAUACUCUAUUUCUAUAGCUGGAGGUAAUGAUGGUACAGGUGGUGGUGGUGUUGGAGCAGGUGGUGGUACAGGUGGUGGAGGUGUUGUAGAUAUGCAUGGAGAGCUAACCACCGAGUUUAAAAAUAAGUACACCAAAGUCGUUGAUAAUAACAACAACGACGAGGAGGAGUGA